AUGAGUCAAAUUAAUCCAUCUAACAAUAUAAAACCAUUACUCUAGCCAACUAUAAUUUAAUCAAUAGUCCGCCUUGCUAUUGACUAAAAAGCAAUCAAUCUAGCCAGUGGAUUCCCUGACUGGGAUACUCCUUAAUUUGUGACUAAGAGUAUCGCUAAUGCUUCUACUAGCGGUGAAAAUCAAUACUGUUUACCUGGCGGACAUCCAAUUCUUCGUUAACAGAUAGCAGCAACAUAUUCAAAAAGUCUUGGUAUUGAAAUUAAUCCUGAAAAGAAUGUUUUUGUUGGUUAAGGAGCAAGUGGAGUUAUUUUUGAUAUUUAUACAGCACUUUUAAACCCUGGUGAUGAAGUGAUAAUUUUUGAUCCUCAUUAUGAAUUCCUCUCAAAAGAAGCUAAGCUGGUUGGUGCUGUAGUAAGACACUGUUCACUCGAAUAACCUAGAGAUCUUGAAAAUGGUGUCUGGACUAUCAACUUUGAUUAGUUUAAGAGUUUGUUUAAUGAAAGAACAAAAAUUGUAUUGAUCAAUACCCCUCAUAACCCCACUGGAAAAAUCUUUACCAAAGAAGAGCUAAAUCAAAUUUCACAAAUAAUCUAAAUGUAUCCCUAAGUUGUUGUUAUCGCAGAUGAGGUCUAUGAGCAUUUGACUUUUGACAAUAAAAGUCUUAAUAGAGUUUGCUAAACUCCAGGGCUUACUGACAGAACACUAUCUGUCUAUUCUAUGGGAAAGACUUUUAGUUGUACUGGUUGGAGAGUUGGAUUUGCAAUAGGACCAGAAGAAUUGAUUAAAUACGCCAUAGCUGCUCACUCAUAUACUUGUUAUUCUAUUAAUAGGCCUGCACAGGUUGGAAUCGCAAACUGUUUAAGAAUAGCUGAAAAUAAUUAUGAAGGUUUCUAAAAUUAUUAUAGUUACUUCAGAAAUAUAUUUGAAAAUAACAGAAAUAAAUUGAUUGAGAAUUUCAAUUUGUUAGAAAGCCUUGACCUCAAAUUAAACAAACCUGAAGGUGGUUACUUUUUGAUUGGGUCUUUCGAAAAGUUUGCUACUAAAAUUCCUCUAAGAUAUUUUUAUAAAGAUUAUAUGAAUGUAAUAAAUGGAGACUAAGAGAUAGGUAUUCAAUAUGAGAAACUUGAUAAUCCUGAAGUCAGUCUUGAUGUAGCAUUCAGCACAUAUAUGGCUGUGGAGAAAAAAGUGGCUGUGAUUCCUCUUUCAUCAUUCUAUGGAUAGGCUACAAACGACUUUAAAAGCUAUCAAGGAAGAUACUUAUUCAGAAUAGCUUUAUGUAGAAAGGAGCAAUCCUACCAAGAUGCUAUCAACAGAUUGAAAGAAUCAUCUUGA